AGGCUAAAAAAUGCCGCCUCCUCCCCCUCCUCCUCCUCCACCAGGGGGGUUAAAAGUGCCACCUCCCCCUCCUCCCCCACGUGGGGCUCCAAUGCCCCCACCUCCUCCACCCAAUGUUCCUCUAGGGGUCCCUGAAGUUGCCUUGGAUCCUGGAAGACUUGAUUUAAUGUCAAGCUUACGUGGAAACUCUGCCAAAAGAUUGCUGAAACCAGUUCCUAGGAAGGAGAAAAAGCAUUUUAAUAUGAUUGAACUGCUAAAAGUGGAAGAGAAGAAAAGGCAAGGAGGAAUAGGGGUGGCAAAGUCUCUUAAACCAUCGGUAGAAAAUAAGGUUUCUGCUUCAAGCAAGUCUGUAGUUUCAGCACAGGAUCUUGUAGCUGCUAAACUGCGUAGAACGGAACCGAAGGAGACAUCUACUGUUCCUCUUAGAGCCAGACCUACAGAAGCAGGUGUAAAGCCAUUAGAACAUGUAAAAUGUUCCACAACAGAUGAUGAUUUGGAUGCUCUUUUUGCAGCCAUUGAUAAGGAGAUAGAACUUGAUCCUGAUGUUGCACUUGAUCUCCUAGAUGUUCUUGAUGAUGAUGUAGAGAAUAUGGAUGCUGAACAGGAAGACGAGAUGGAGCUAGUUAAAUCUUCAAUAUAUUUACCGCCUGAUGAUGAAUAUGAAAUGCAGAUAGACGAACCAGAAGAAGAGGAAGAUGAAGAAAUGAAGGAGAUGCUGGAGAUGCUUGAGAGUGCUAAGGAGGAACUUGAUAGUACUGGAGAGGAUCAAAUCAAACUCCUCAUGGAGAAGUUGGAUGAUGACGAUUACUUCAACACUCUGAAAUCAGAUAUAGCAGCUAAAGAAAGGGAAAAGUUAAGAAUAGAAAUUAAAUCAAAAGAAAAAACAAGAGAUGAUUUAUUGCUCUCCAAGGAGCUGUCAGCUAAUAAGGCUAAUACUCCUAUUGCUGGUAUGUCCGCAAUGAGCGACAAGAAUUUUACUGAACUUGAAACAGAUCCAUCACAAGUUGAAGAUCAUACUUCCAUCAAGAGAAGAGCAGAAAAUCCUCUUGUUGAAAAAGAGCCGUCUAAAAAGAAAAGUAAGGAGAGUAAGAAAAAAAAGAUAAUUGCCAUGGGUGGAGUUUCAAUGUUUGGCGGGAAAGAUUUGUUUGGCGGGAAAAAUCCAUUUGCAAACCGGAAGCAGGAAGAGAGUUCUGAGGAGGAUGAAGGUGAAGAUGAUGAAGUAGAACCUGAAGUUAAUAAACCUGAAAAUGGAAUAAAGGGUGAAGUAACAUCAUCCAACUACAAUAUAGCAAUACAACCAGAUGCGGAGGAGAAACCUGUUAGUUUUGAAGAUCUACCCAGUAAAAGCCAUGUUAUCUCAAGCUCAGCUAAACAUAGAGUAACUCUACCAAGUAAAAGACGACCUCCAGCACGGCGUAAAAUUCAAACAGAAGAAACUGUAGGAGAAAAUAUUUCCUGUGAUACCAAUGGGACAGGGGAAGACAGCUCCACAAAGGCUCUUGAAGAACGUUUAAAUGGAGAUGAAUAUGAUGGUGAUGAUGAUAAUACAGAAAGCCAUUCCACUAUUCGGAAGGGAAGGAGGUCGAUAAAAAGAAAAAAUCCCCCGAAAGGUGGAAUAUCCUUAUUCGGAGGAAUUGAUAUAUCGAAGGGUAUUCAGUCCCUAAAGAAGCGGCAAGACGAGGAGAACCAAGCAAAGUAUUCAAGACAAUGUGAUAACCCUAGGGAGAGUGAAGAAGAAUGUUUAACGGACUCGACUGCAACCAGUCUCUUCAAACUAAACACCAAACCACAGGAGGAGAAACUUAAAGAAGAGGAGGAAAGAAGAAGAAAGCUAGAGAAAGAAAAAGAAGAUGAAAAUAGAAGAAAACAACAAGAAGAAGAGAUGAAAGCAGUGGAAGAGAAAGCAAGAAAACAGAAAGAAGAAGAAGAAAAAAAGAAUGCAGAAGAACAAAGCAAAAAAAAUAAGGAAGAAAAAAUAGAAUUAGAAAAGAAGAGGAAGAGAGAAGAAGAAGAAGAAGAAAGAAGAAGGGAAGAAGAGAGGAAAAGAAAAACAGAAGAAGACGAAAAAAGGAAGCGUGAAGAAAAGGAGAAAUUGAAAAGAGAAGAGGAAGAAAGAAAAAAACUAGAAGCUAAAAGAAAAGAAGAAGAGGAAAGUCGAAGAAAAAAAGCAGAAGAAGCGGAAAAGAAAAGAAAGGAAGAAGAGAGAAAAAGAAAAGAAGAAGAAGAAGCAGAAAAAGAAAGAAAAGAAGAAGAGAGGAAAAGAAAAGAAGAAGAAGAAAGUAGAAGAAAGAAAGCAGAAGAAGCAGAAAAGAAAAGAAAGGAAGAAGAAAGAAAAAGACGAGAAGAAGAAGAAGCGGAAAAGAAAAGAAAGGAAGAAGAGAGGAAACGAAAAGAGGAAGAAGAGCUAAAGAAAAAGAAAGAGGAUGAAGAAAGAAAAAGAUCCGAGUUAGAGGCAAAACGACUUAUUGAAGUACAAGAGAAAGAGAAAAAGGCCGAAGAACUAAGGAAGAAGGCAGAGGAAGAAAAGAAAAGAGCUGAAGAAGAAGCCAAAAAGCGAAAAGAAGAUGAAGAAAGAAAAAAGAUAGCUGAAGAAAAAAGAUUUCAAGAAGAAUCUGCUGCGAGGAAGAGAGCAGCAGAAGAAGAAGCAAAACAGAAAGCAGUGGAAGAGGCAAGAAAAAUAUCUGACCAGAAAAGAAAGAAGUAUGAAGAAGAUCAGGCAAGACUAGCAGAAUGGAAAAGAAUCGAAGCAGAAGGGGAGAAGGAAAGGCAGAAAGAAAGAAAAUCCUACGAUGAAAUUAGGUUGAAAGCAGAAGAAAGAAAACGGCAAGAAGAAGAGGAACAACAAAAAGCGCAUCUUGAAGUUAAAAGGAAAGCAGAAGAAGCACAAAGAAAAGCUCUUGAAGCACAAAAACAUGCAGAAGAGGUUCAACGUAGAAAUCAAGAGGAGUUAAGGAGAAAGAAUGAAGAAGAAAAGAGGAAGAAGGAAGAAAAGAAGAGAGCUGAAGAAUUAAAGAUAAAGGCGGCUAAAAUUGCAGAAGAAGAGGAAAAACUAAGAAAAAAACAGGAAGAAAUAAAAAAACAGACAGAAUCAGUCGCAAGGAGAAAGGCAGAAGAUGAAGAACGAAAAAGGAAAUUAGAGGAAGAAGAAAACAGAAGAAAAGAAGAAGAACGUCUAAAAAUAGAAGAAAAAGAAAAGAAACAUCAAGAAGAACUUAAGAGAAGAAAGAAAGCCGAAGAAGAACAGAAGAGAAAGCUGGAGGAGGAAAAAAAGAAAAAAGAAGAAGAAAGAUUACGAAAGAAAAUAGAAGAAGAAAGAAAGAAGGAAGAAGAAGAACGCGCUAAAAAAGUUCGAGAAGAGCAGAGAAAAAGAGAAGAGGAACUUGCAAGAAAAGCUGCGGAAGAAAAAGAACAAAAAAGAAAAGAAGUGGAGAAAAAGAAACGAGAACUAGAGGAACAAAUUAGAACUAAAGAGCUAGAAGAAGCUAAGAACAGGCAGGAAGAAGAAACAAGAAGAAAAAUGGAAUUGGAAGCAAAACUUAAGAAGGAAGCGGAAGAAAAGAAAAAGUUGGAGGAAGAAUUAAAGAGAAAAUCUGAAGAAGAAACAAAAAGAAAAUUAGAAGAGGAGGCAAAAAGAAAGUCAGAAGCAGAGGCAAAGAGGAAACUGGAAGAAGAUACAAAAAGAAAAUUAGAAGAAGAAACGAAAAGGAAAUUGGAAGAAGAGACACAAAGAAAAUUGGAAGAAGAGACCAAAAGAAAAUUGGAAGAAGAGACCAAAAAAAAAUUGGAAGAAGAGCCCAAAAGAAAAUUGGAAGAAGAGGCCAAAAGAAAAUUGGAAGAAAAGACCAAAAGAAUAUUGGAAGAAGAGGCAAAAAGAAAUUUGGCAGAGAAAACCAAGAUAGAAAAUGAGAAGAAGAAAAAAUUAGAAGAAGAAUACAACAAAAAAUUGGAACAGGAGGUCAAAAAGGAUUUAGAAGAGGUACCACAAUUCAUAAAACCUGAGAAAGAAAGUAAAAAUAUAACAAAAGAGACUACAACAGUGGAGGAACCAGGAAACAGUAAAGAAAAUGAAUUACAACAGCUGAAAAUGCUUGAAUUAAAAAAGAAAGCGGAAGAAGAUGAACAGACAAUUCGCGAAAACAAAAAGAAGGCAAAUGAAGAAGCAAGGAAAGAAAUGGAACGAUUAAAGCUGGAAAAACAGCGCCAAGAAAUGAGAGAGAAAGAAAGACGAGAGAUGCUGAAGAAAACUCAGACUGGGAUAAAAGAAGAGGAAAUGAACAUAUCCACAGUGUUGAAAAAUCAACAAGCAAAAGAAACGGAGAAACAAGAAUCUGAGCUGCAAGAGAGAAAAAGAAAAGAGCUUGAGGAAAAAAGGAGGAUUGAAGAAUUAGAAUACCACAAAAAUGUUCUUCUAGAAAAACAAAAAGCCACUCAACGAGAAACAGAACGAUUGCUGGAAUGGGAGAAACGAAUGAAAGAAGAUAAAGAGAAGAGAAAGAUGGCAGAAGAGGAACGAGAACGUGCCAGAAAACUUGCCGAUCAGCAACGACAGAAACAGGAGGAGGAAGAUGAGAAAGCAAGAAAGGAAAGAGAACAGCAAAGGUUGAAGGCCAGGGAAGAACUGAGAAAGGUUAGAGAAUCUACGACCAUUAAACCUUUAGAUCUUCUCCCACAAGAUAAUAAAGAAAAUGAUCCUGGAUUUGAUCUAAAGAGUAAACUAGUUCUACCGAGUAGAGGGGAGAGGACGGAUGAAUCAUUGAGGAAAGCCACCUACAAUCAUGUUAAAAACAAAUCUGAAACAGACUCUGCCUAUGUUAAAGAGGCGGAGAGUGCCAUAGCUGCCGCACACAAAGCUAAACAGGAGGCGGAACUAUUGAAAGCUAGGAUAGAGAUGGCAGUUGAGGACGGAUCUAUAGGACGAACCCCCCGGAGGCCGGUCUCUAUGUAUGAAUCCUCGACCCCUGUUUACUAUCACAGGGAUAGUUCUGUUAGGAGGCACAGCAAGGAUAUUCAUGUCAGAAGAGAGGCUGAUGAUGACCUCGCUGACGAGGUUGAGGCUAUCAGGCUAGCAGCUGACCUCAAUUCUCGGAGGUUGCUAGCAGAGCAGAGGAAGGAGGCUGGAGGUGGUGGAGGAUCACUCAGUAGAACUAGGAUAAGAGCUCUGCUGGAUAAACAACGAACUCAACGGGAAGACGAGGAGAAGGUUAGAAAGGAGAAAAGAGAAACUCAGGAUUAUAAUAAAUUUUUGUGGGUUUACCGAUAAAUUCAAUUAUAUAUAUAAUAAACUAAAUUUAUCUCUGUUA